AUGGAUUCUCAAUCCAUACACGGCCCUGGAAGAUCAAAUUUCUCUUCGUCUUCCCCACAUCGUAUGCCUACCGUUUCCGCCGCCCAAGCUCUGCAAGAUCUAGAAUCAUCACCAACACGUUGCAUUCCCACCGGUUUGGCGAAUUUGGAUUUGGCACUCCAAAGUAAAGAUCCAAUGCAAGUAUCCACAAGUGCAGAUCAAAUUCCAAGAGGUAUUCCAAGAGGAAAAGUGUCGGAGAUCUAUGGUCCACCCGGCGUUGGCAAAACUACUCUGGGCAUGCAUUUGGCAGCCAGAGUUUUACAUCAGAAUGAAAAUAUUGUUUGGGUAGACGCGUCACAUCCAAUAUCUGGUCCUAGGUUCAGUCGAAUUCUACAAAAACUUCCAUCUUCAGAAUCUCUCAAUGACGACACCCUUCUAAGCAACUUCAAUCAUUUCACAACGCCCACUUUAUCUCAUCUUCUUGCCUUACUUACUCACACCACACAAAACUUUCCCCCUGAAAAUACUAGUCUGAUCAUCAUUGAUUCAUUUUCUACUUUAAUCGACAGUGCAUUUCCUCGGAAUGCUGACUCUACGUCGACUCCUAAAAAGCCGGGAGUUCCCAAUCCCUCCUCGCGCAAAUUUCCCCUUCUCCAAUACCUCAUUAAUGCUCUCCAAAAACUUGCUACCACCCGCAAUAUCGCCAUAGUAAUCCUCACUCAAUGCGUAACCAAAAUACGACCCGGUCUCGGGGCAGCCUUGAUACCAUCAAUCUCAGCUACUGCAUGGGAACAAGGCCUUGGGUGUCGCGUGGCUUUAUUCAGAGAUUGGGGGUGGGACGACGAUGAAGGAAAUAAUGUAGAUGGUGUACGGUUUGCCCAAGUCAUUAAAGUGGAUGGUACAACUUUAUCUGAGGGAAGAGGAAUAUUUGCUGCUUUUGUCAUUGGAAAAGUGGGUAUCUCCUCCAUUACACCUAAUCAAGGAUCUCCUUUACUACCUAGACCCGCACCCGCCGUUGCUCUCCCUACUCAAAAGCGUAAAAGAGCCGAGUUCGAGAUUCCGGAUAGUGAAGAUGAUGAGGAUUAUGGAUGGGCGGAAGAAGAUGAAGAGUUGCCACCGAUGCCUCCCCAAUGGCAGGGGAGCGAGGAUAUAUUAGCACCACCGCAGGGAGAUAGCGAAGAUGAAUUAGCUCUUUAG